AUGGAUAACAAUAACUUCGCUUUUACUUUCAAUAAUCUUGAUUCUAAGGAGGAAAGGACGUUAAACAAGUUGCCUGUUUUGCCAAUGACCCCGUCGAAACCCGAGAGUUUUACCAGGCAACUAUAUUUUCACCUAGAUCUGGGAUUUCAUGGUGAAGACGAGCAAAAAGGAAAAGAAAGCUUUCAACCGAUAUCUUCUGCCAUAAAGGUAAAAUUUCUUUUCGGCAUCUCAAUCAAAUUGGUUAAAGAUAAAAAUAAUUGGAUCCCAAUCGUUGGAGGCAUCCAAGAACAAUCAAUGUCUACUGGAAAUCAAGACAGAAAAAGAUUAAUAACGUUGCGUUUGGACCAAGAUGGGAAUGGGAAUGAGAUUACAACUCUAGAAAAUUAUUGGUGUGAAUGA